CCGCGCGCGGCGACCGCUCUCCCAGGGGGCCGUGCGACGGCUCGCGCGCAGGCGUGACGGGCGGCAAGAUGGCGGCGGCGUUGGGGCUGCUGGGCCGGGCCGCGGGUCUCCUCAGCGGCGCGCAGCGGUUCCUGCGGGGCUGUGGCGCCGGCGGCUCGGCGAAGAACCUCUCCAGGGGGAUCAGCUCGGACGAACGCCCGAAGCGGCCUAUGACGGCCUAUUUUCGUUUCCUGAAAGAAAACCACUCUGUUUACAAGCAAAAAAAUCCAGAAAUGAGCAGUGUGGAGCUGGUUAAAACAAUAGCAGGAGCUUGGAAGGAGUUACCAGCAUCACAGAAGCAGGUUUAUGAGGAAGCUACAAAGACAGACUGGGAAAGAUAUGAAGGGCAGUUGGCUGCAUAUAAAGCACAGCUAACUCCAGCCCAGAUUGUGGCUUUGAAAGAAGAGAAGAGAAAACGACUGGCAAGAAGAAGAUUGUUCAGGGUGAAAAGAGAAUUGUCUGUGCUUGGAAAACCUAAAAAACCUCGUAGCAGCUUUAACAUUUUUGUGUCAGAACACUUUCAAGAAACUGAGGGAAUUUCAGCUGUGGCAAAGAUGAAGCAAUUGUUUGAAGCAUGGCGAAAACUGUCCGAUUCUCAAAAGCAGCCAUACAUGCAGCUUGCUGAAGAUGAUAAGGUUCGGUACGAGAAUGAAAUGCAGUUGUGGGAAGCAAAAAUGGUCGAACUUGGACGCAAAGACCUGAUACGUUCCAGAAAGAAAAAGCCAGAAAAGAAAACUGCUGAAACUGCAAACAAAGCUGAAACAGCCAAAGCUUCUUCAUAUGAAAACGAGGCAAAGUUAAAGUUGAAAAAAUCGGAAGAAUGAAAUGGUUAAGUAUUUUAUAUUUGAUGCCCUUUGGUUGUCAUGUCUUUGUCCUGCUGUGUUAAUGCUGCAGUCUGCAUUAGCACCAAAAUUUGGAGAACCCAUAAAGGGCCCACUGGAGAAGCAGAAAAGAUGAUCAGGUAAGAGAGGAUGCGGUGCCUCUCAGAACUGACUGAAAUAAUCAUUGCAGGUGUAGCCUCAACUGUACAACAGUAACUGGUUAAUCAAGCUGUGAAUAGUGAUACUCACUGACAUCAGCAGAGCUCUCCAGUAAUGGUAGAUAAUGGCUAGCUUUUAUAAGAUACUUUUAAUGAAAGCAAGAAUAUUCUGCAAUGUUACCAUCUAAAUGCUGUAAAUAAGAGCUGAAAUCUGAGUUGAUGCUGUUGUGUUUUAUUCCCUCCAUGGUAUUGGUAGCGAAAUGUUCUACAUUUCAACAAAAGGCACAGGAAAUGUAAAAUACUUACUGUUAUUUCAUGCAUCUGUCUUUUUGUACAAAUCAAUCAGUAUAUACCACUUAUGUUGCAUUUAAUUAAAGACCAUAUGAGUUUUGUAUAAACAUA